CCCCGGCGUGAGCGUAGGAAUCUUGUACUAUAUAAAAGUGGCCGGCGAGGAGCCGGAUCCUCUUUCGGGUCUUGGCUCCAAGAUGACCAAGAAAAGGAGGAACAACGGUCGGGCCAAGAAGGGCCGCGGCCACGUGCAGCCCAUCCGCUGCACGAACUGCGCCCGGUGCGUGCCCAAAGACAAGGCCAUUAAGAAGUUCGUCAUCCGGAACAUCGUGGAGGCCGCUGCUGUCAGGGACAUAUCCGAAGCAAGUGUCUUCGACGCGUACGUGCUUCCCAAGCUCUACGUCAAGCUGCACUACUGCGUGAGCUGUGCUAUUCACAGCAAGGUAGUCAGGAAUCGAUCCCGAGAAGCCCGCAAGGACCGCACACCCCCACCACGAUUUAGACCUGCUGGUGCUGCUCCACGACCUCCACCAAAGCCCAUGUAAAGAGAUGGCUUCAUAAAGACAGAAGGAAAAACACCUUAGAAAAAUAAAAUGGGACUUACACUUUUUGAAUGUGUCUGUGCCAGGUGUGAAUUGUGUGUGUUAUUUCAUUUUCUGUGUGCUUCUGGAGACUGACUGUAAGGCAGAACAAAGCUGGUGUUGUUUUAGGCUCUGUGUACCUUAUUCUUUGAGGUAGUCUCUGCAGGCUAACCAGCUGGUGAGCUAGCUCCAGGGUCCUGUUUACACGUGAACCAAGCUCAACCUUUUUACGUGGAUUCUGGAGGGUGAACUGGGUCAGCCAAGAUUGUCAUAUUCCUGGAAAUAAAGGGAGGGCACUCACUGUGGCUUCUAGCCCUGCAGACUAUAAUUUGGUCAUAGAACGCCAGAUUUUGAGCCAGUCUUUGUAUUGAGAUCAGAUCUUUUGCUGGCUUUGAACUUAUAUGCUUCUGAUUAAUAAAGAUGUAUGUCAGCCAUACCCA